AUGAUGAUGGUGUUUCGGAAUUUUGCGACUUCGAAAGCUCCGCCGAUUAAAAAUGAAGAUUGUUUUUUAAGUAACAACAGGCCGCCCCGCUGCGCUCAUCCCUUCGUUCCAACACGGGAACUCGAUUCGGCUCCCAGGACCGUUACUCUGAGUCCAGAACACUCCCAUACAAACAGAACACCGGAACGCGUUGGGACGAAUCUCGGAGACAUUUUGGGAUGGGAUACGAAUUUCUGCACGAAAAUCACGAAUUUCGGA